UAAUUAUACUAGACGGGUUUCCAUGCAAUCCUUGUUCCCUGAGACUGACCGGCGGCGAGGAAGUUUGCUCAAGGAACGUGUUCUUGAACUGUUCCAUGAAAAUGAGGAGGAGGAACGAUCUAAGAGCCGAACAUCAUGGAUCACAGAGCGUGGAGUAGAGGAAGAGGAGGAGAGGGUUAAAGAGGGGGUUCUUGAAUCCCUAUCUGGUUCUCAUAGGAGUCAAGAGUCAGGUGUUGGAUCAAUCGGAACAAUAUCUGGUGAUCUUGAUCUUGAUCCCCUUAAAACCCCUGGAAUGGACAGGAGGGGUUCAGACACCUCCGAGGAGAGUAUCCAGGAAACAGGAACUGGAAAAACCAGAAGAAAGUUGGCGAAACAGGAAUCCAUUCUGACCAGCCUCAGUCUCCGCUCUGACCUUGCGAAACAAGCGAAUGCUGACAAGGUAAAUCUGGACUCAGGACCUAGCAGUCCUUUGCCUCAACCUCGAAGAUUGGGAACUGGGGUCGAAUCCCCCAGCGCACAGCCACGGAGGCUGCUUGAGGCCGGACUAAGAACCCCUAUUACACAGCCGCGUAGAAUGGAGGUUGGGAUUGAAACUCCAAGUACGCAGCGUCGAAGACCGGAGAAGGUUAAGCCAAGUGGACCUCCUAUUACUGGAGCUACAAGAGCUAAGAUUCCACCAACCCUGGAUGGAUCUCCGAGCCCCAGCAUUCCAAGAAGGAGACCAUUGAUGUCUUACAAUAGUAUUGAAGAAAUGCAGUCUCCGAAAAUUCAACAAAAACAUCCGCCUGUAACUACACCUAGCGUUGAAAAAAGGAACUUGCCACCCGUCACUCAGCCAAGCGUGGAGUCUGACAGCGUAAAGAUAGAGAAGAAUCUGUCUGAGAAAAAAGAAACUGGUGAAAAAAAUGGAGAUGAUAAUAUUGACUCAUUGUUUGAUACACAUGGAACAGUGUAUGUUUAAAAUUGUAAAUAAGAUUUUCAAAAUCGUCGUUUUGAAAGGCAAUCUUGAAAAAUUUUAAAUCAUGGGCA